CCGGCGGAGAGGGCGGGCCCCGGCGGAGAGGGCGGGCCCCGGCGGCCAUGGCGGCGGCCAUGGCGGAGGCGGCGGUGCCCGAUUACGAGGUGGCGGAGCAGUACACACGCGCGUUCCGCGUGGGCGCCCUGGGCCUGGGCUGGCGGCGGGUGCUGGGGCCGCCCGACCUCUCGCUGGCGGCGGAGGCGGCGGAGGCGGCGGAGGCGACGGAGGAGACGGACGCGGCCGUGGCGGCGGCCCUGGGCUGCGCGCCGGGCACGGCGGCCGAGCUGCGCGCCGUCUGCAGCAUGGAUAUGUUAAUGCCUUCUGAAAAAGAAGAGGACCCAGAUGUUAUCCCUGAAGACAGCAGUCUGCUUACUCUUCGAAUUAGAAAGAAAGCCUUGGAGAGGAGAGAAGAAACAAUUAUUGUGGAUCGGGCUUGCAGGCAAGAAACUCUUACCUAUGAGAUGGAGUCACAUGCAGCUGGAAAGAGGCCAGAUAAUAUAACAGAUCUAAUUGAGGAGGGAGAACUACUUUUAACUCUGAACAUCUUUUAUCCUGUUAUAUUUCAGAAGCAUAAAGAUCACAAACCCUACCAAACAGUCCUUGUACUGGGCAGCCAGAAGCUCACUGAGCUGAGAGACUCAAUUUCCUGCGUCAGUGACCUCCAGAUAGGUGGUGAGUUCAGCAGUCAGCCAGAUCAAGCACCAGAGCACAUCAGCAAGGAUCUCUACAAAUCUGCCUUCUUCUAUUUUGAAGGCAUCUUCUAUAAUGACAAAAGAUACCCAGAGUGCAGAGACCUGAGCAGAACAAUUAUAGAGUGGUCAGAAUCUCAUGACAGAGGCUAUGAAAAUCUUCAGUCUGUUAAGAUGGAGGACUAUGUAUUUAAUGAUUUAUCCCUCAAAAUUGGCUUUCCAUACCUUUACUGCCACCAAGGGGACUGUGAACACAUCAUCAUAAUCACAGAUAUAAGGCUUAUUCAUCAUGAUGACUGUCUGGAUAGGAAUGUAUAUCCCUUGCUAAUCAAGAAACAUUGGCUAUGUACCAGAAAGUGCUUUGUGUGCAAGAUGUAUACAGCAAGGUGGGUAACCAACAGAGACAGUCUGGCACCAGGGGAUCCUUGUUUCUUCUGUGAUGUUUGUUUUCGGAUGCUCCAUUACGAUGCAGAAGGCAAUAAACUGGGGGAGUUUCUUGCAUAUCCUUAUGUUGAUCCUGGGAUUUUCAACUGAAACUGACAUGCACCAGGAUGAAUUCAGUGAAUGACAUUAUUGAAUCUCUUGUUCUGGCUGUUGAAAUCACAGGAAAGCUUAACGUUUGAGCAUACAGCUGAGUUUUGGGUUAUGUGUGUAAUCCUCUCUGGUGAGCUGGAAGGAGCCCUUUGCACACCACUAUCUGGCAUGUUUUUCUGAGUAAGUAUGAUUUUAAAGAUAAGUUGGCAUGGAAAAAUAUAAUACAGUUUUACAACAUUACAGUAGUUUGGAUGCUAUGUACUGUAAAAUAUGGAUGUUUGAGAAUACCUGGGAAAAGAAACCAUGAUUUUGAGAAGCUCUGUGCAUCCAAGGCUUUGUAAACCUUUGAGGAAGAGAACAUGGUCUGUAUGUCUCUUACCUUGAAAACUCAGGCAGUUGCCAUAUUUCAGCAAGGGUGGAUGGCACUGAAUUUGUGGGGAGGAGAAUGCUUUCUGAGAGAAGCUCAGAAUGCCAGUUAAACUCCUGCAUCUUUCCUACAAAUGAAAGCUUGCAUCUGAAGGCUUCUGCUGUCCCUGGUUUCUGACUUUGAGGACUUAUUCUCAAAGUAGAGAGGAUACUACAUUUCACCAUUACUGAAUUGUAGCCUGCCUUUUAAAUAAUUUUGUCAACUGUUUACAGUGUAUGCAGUGUUCAUUGUGCACCUUUUGUUUUAAUAUCAUUCUGUUAUUGUAGGUAAUUUUUUUUAUUAAAAUGUGGCUAAUUUGUAGUUCCUAGUCUCUUGUUAAACUGAAACUCUGUCAAGACAAGAUAUUCUUUUUUUUAAGUCUUCUGGAAUUAGGAGGAUAUUAGAGGAGAUUGUUGUUUAGGAAAGUUAGCACUAACUGCUUUUCUUUUGAAACCUUCAGCUACUUCUGGUUGGGACAGUAGACAGCCUACUCUGACAAUCUGCAUACAGACAAGUGACAAACUGAAUCUGUUCAGGUUCUGUAGCUGCAGAUUCUGCCAAUGUUGACUUGAUUAUCUUACAUGUCUUGAAGCAAGGGUAUCUGAAGCACCUGCAGGACUCCAUUGAUCACUCCCAUAUCUUACUGCUUUCUGGUGGUGUAUUAAGUCAUGUGAAUAUAAAGACAUGCUUUUUAUAGGAACUACAAAAAAAAAAGUGAGGUUUUUUUCCCUGUCUUGUAAACCAGACAGCUGUUGACCUGUGUAUUUUAAUGAACCAACCACUUGUAAAAGCAGGUGGUGACAGUUCUCUUAUCCUUCGGGAAUCUGCAGAAAGGGGAGUGCCCUGGUCAUCGCAACUGUGAUAAAUCCAGCUGCUGGAGUUGGGUUGCUUUGUGGUGCAGCAGCAACUGUUUUAAAGGAGCUUGUUAAACUUGCAGGUUUAACUUCAGGUGUUGUCUUCAAGAUCUGAAAGCUAUUGAAACACAGGAGCAGGCAACCUCAGAAUGUCAGAUGCCAACCUGGCAAAGCAGGAGGCCAGGUUAGCUGAGUAGGGAUAUUCUUUUUGAGUCCAGGCACACCAAGAAGGUGUGUGCUUAGGGAAGCAAGGACGGGACAGGGGAGGAAUACGGAGAUGGUGCUCCCCACUGUAGGGAGAACAUUCAUGUGGUCAAAGCUCAGCCAGGGUUGAAGCUCUCCAGGGCUGUGGGCACAAAAGAGGGUGGGUUUUUUAAUAUAUGAAUACCAAAAGGCAGUGCAGAAAAGACAAUGGUCCUCACCUACAGGAUAAGGAUGAUCACCUCACCAACAGGGACAUAGACAAGUCAGAGAGAUUAAUGCUUUCUUUGCCUCUCUCUUCAACAUGGGUUAUGGGGCAUGGGGAUCCCAGUGUCCUGAGCUGGAGACCAGGACUGUGAGAAUGAUCAACUCCCAUGGACCCUGAAUUUGUGCAGGAUCUGCUGGAUCCCUUUUUAGUCUUCGGGGCUUGAUGGUAUUCAUCCAAGAGUACUCUAAAGAGCUGUCUGAUGUCACUGUAAGGUCUCUCAAUGAUUCUUGAAUGGUUUUGGGACUUCGGAGAGGUCCCAGUUUUCAAGAAGGGCAAGAAGGCUGAUCCUGAAAACUACAGACCUGUCAGUCUCUUCAGUGACUGGUAAAAUUAUGGAGCAGAUUAUUCUGUGAGUUCUUGAAAACACCUGAAGGAUAAUGCAGGUUUCAGUCAGAACCAGCACAGCUUCUGAUGGGAAAAUCCUGCUUGUCAAACCUAAUUUCCUUUGAUGGCAAGGUAACACACCUAGUUAAUCAAGGGGAGCCAGAACAUGUAAUCUUUUUGGCUUUCAAUAAAGCUUUCAAUACAGUCUUUCACAGCACCCUCCUGGAAAAAAAUGUCUUGUGCACAGUGCAAUAAAUGGCCUUUUGAAAUGGGCAUGCAACUGGCUCAUGGGUUGGGCACAGAGGGUUUCAGUGAGGGGUGACAGACCAGUGACCUGUCACUAUUGGGGUUCCACAGGGCUCCAUCCUUGGCCCUGUGCUCUGCAUCCUCUUUAUGAACAACCCAGAUGCAGGACUUGAAGGAAUACUAAGUUUGCCAAUGGCGUUAAACUGGGAGGAGCCGUUGGCUCCCUUAAGGGCAGGGAGGCCCUGCAGAGACCUUCGUAAUGUGGGAAGGCUGGGCAAUCACCAACUAUACUGAGUUCAACAAAGGAAAGUGCCAGAUUCCGAGGUGCACCGGGGUGGGGCACCCCUGGAUCUAUGGACAGACUGGGGAAUGAGAUGCUGGGAAGCAGGGCCACGGAAAGGGACCUGGGGGUCCUGGUUGAUGGCAAGCUGAACAUGAGUCAGCAGUGCCCUGGCAGCCAGGAGGGCCAACCCUGUCCUGGGGUGCAUCAGGCACAGCAUCACAGCCAGGCAAGGGAGGGGAUUGUCCUGCUCUGCUCUGAGCUGGGGCAGCCUCACCUCCAGUGCUGGGGACUGGUUUGGGUGCCACAAUAUGAGGAAGACAUGAAACUUAGAGUGUCCAAAGGAGGGCCACGAGGAUGGUGAAGGACCUUGAGGGGAAGCAGUGUGAGGAGCAGCUGAGGUCACUUGGUCUGUUCAGCCUGGAGGAGACUGAGGGGAGACUCAUCAGAGUCUACAACUUACUCAUGAGGGAAAGAGGAGGGGCAGGCACUGAUUUCUAUUCUGUGAACAGUGCCAGGACUCAGGGAAUGGCCUGAAACUGUGUCAGGGGAGGUUCAGGUUGGGUAUUCAGAAAAGGUUCUUCACCCAGAGAAUGGCUGGGCACCAGAACAGCUAGCUCCCCAGGGAAGUGGUCACAGCACCAGCCUGAGAGGAUUGAAGAAGUGUUUGAACAACACACAUGGUGUAACUCUUGAGGUGUUGGGACUCCCAGGAGUUCGGACUUCAGUGGUCCAUGUGGGUCCCCUUCAACUCAGCAUUGUUCUGUGUGUAUUCUUACAAUUUUCAAACUCUAAUUUCUAACUUGGCUGUCCUCUGUCAAAUACCACAUACAAGUUGUUCUGGAAAGUCAGGCUAAGUCUGUGUUUCAAGAAACACUCUUCAGAGAGGUUUGUACCUGUUCUAUUUCCUUUCAUGCCUCCAGUAAUUAAAACACUUUACCAGUGUUUCUGUUAAAGAUGUAGUGUGGGGUCCCCAAGUUAAUGCCAAAGCAGUAAAAUCAAAAUAGCACUAAAACCAGACUCAUGUUUUUCCUAUGAAUGGUUCUAUCUAUACAAGGAUGUCUUAAUCAGUUCACAAUUCUUUAAUUCCAUAAAUUGUUCAAGACAGCGUUUCCCAACCAUUCUGUAUCAACAGGUUCUGUGAGAACACAUUUUCCAGUAUACUUACUAUACCCAAAAGCAAACCAUAAAAGUCACAUUGCAGUAAAUUGGCACAACGUGUUUUGCAAGAACAGAACUAAACUUAUUUAAAAAAAAUAAACAAUGAAGUAUACUCAUACAUUAGCAUUGUGAUAGCUAUAAAAAUGCCGCUUUCAACUCCUACAAAACACGGUGAAAAGACAUCCCCAACAAGAGUUGAAAAACUGCACAAACAGAGGUCAGUAUCAUAGGAGGAGAGGAAGUUUUAUACAAAUGAAGCAACUGGAGAGUUAGAAGUAUUUACACUUUUUCCUGCUAUUAACUAGACAAACAUACAGUAGUAAGUUAAAAAUAGACUACAACUCUAAGUCCUGUAACAUGUAAGCAUUUUCUAACUGGGAUUUUCAUCUUUUGAAAUGUGUUACCUGUUAAUACUGAAUAUAACUAUUGGCAAAAGUGUUUAAAUACUUUAAAACCAAGAUGAAAUGGGGCCUUUAUUCCACAAAAUUUAACUUCAAAAUACUAUGCUUAUAAAAUUAUUUAGUAUUUCAGCAGUCUAUAGAUUUCAAAUGCAAAACUGAACAAUCCUCUUUAAUUUGUAAUUUAAAAAAAACAAAAACAAACAACAAAA